UAGGCAGCAUUCAGAGGCGCAAAACUGCGCAGUUUCCACCAUAUGGAUCUAUGUGACAUCUGGAACACUUGAGCUCACAUGGAUAGGCGGCUUCAUAUUGUUGUUAGAUCAGCGAAUUGUGGUCGCUGGAUUCGUUUCAGUGAAGCUCACAUUAAAUAUAAGGUGAAAAUAUGAUGAUGUCGUAGUCAUUAGUCAUUAUAAUUUUAGCCAACCGCAGGAGCUGACAUUGUACCUGUCACGCGUGCACCGCCAGGUUGAGGUACAGAAGGACGUAUCGGUCGUUUGACCUUUGACUGGUACGGCGGCGAAUGAAACAUCAAAGGUUGGUAUUUCUCAGAGCGCAGCUGGGGUCCCCGCGCGGAUCUCCAAAGCUGAGGACGUCGCGUUCCAGAGAUAAUGACAGCGAGCGCUCUGAAAGUUGGUCGAUAGCAGCGGAGGCGUCAAUAACGGAGGAGGGAGACGCAGCGGAAUCGGCGGAGGCUUGGUAUCAGCAGCAACCCUAGGAGGACCGAAGGCAGGCCCACUGUGGGAGAACGACUGCAGCACCAUGGACAGCUCAGGUCCUCCAUCUCCAGAUAUGGACGCGAACUAUGGCGGAGGCCUGCUGGACAUGGUGAAGGGUGGAGCCGGCAAGUUCUUCAGCAACUUCAAGGAUAACCUGAAGGACACUCUAAAGGACACCUCCACCAAAGUCAUGCACCAGGUGGCCACAUACACAAAAGGAGAGCUGGACAUUGCCUACAUCACAUCACGAAUCAUAGUGAUGUCAUAUCCUGCAGAGGCGUUGCAGAUCGGCAACCAGAACCAUGUGGAGGACAUGCGCUCCUUCCUGGACUCACGGCACGCUGACCACUACACCGUCUUCAACCUGUCACAGCGCAACUACCGCGGCGCCAAGUUCUCCAACCGGGUCUCAGAGUGCAAUUGGCCGUCCCACCAGGCUCCCAGCUUGCACAACCUGUUUGCGGUGUGUAAGAACAUGCACAACUGGCUCAAACAGAACCCUAAGAAUGUGUGUGUCAUCACCUGCUCGGACGGCCGUGCUCCGUCGGGUGUGCUGGUCUGUGCCAUGUUCUGCUUCUGCCACCUCUUCACCAACCCAGUGCCCGCCAUGCAGCUGCUCAGCGCCAAGAGACCCGGCUCAGGCCUCUGGCCCUCGCACCGGAGGUACAUAGGCUAUGUGUGCAGUAUGGUAUCAGAGAAGCCCUCCCUGCCACACUCCAAGCCCCUGGUGGUCAAGGCGGUCACCAUGAGUCCAGUACCUUGCUUCAACAAACAACGCAUCGGCUGCAGACCCUUCUGUGAGAUCCUCAUAGGGGAGACCAAGAUCUUUUCUACUGCACAGGACUAUGAGAGGAUGAGAGAGCACAGGGUCCAGGAGGGGAAGGUGGUCUUCCCUCUAGGUGUGAAUGUCCAGGGUGAUGUGGUCAUCUCUGUCUAUCAUAUGAGGAACACCAUCGGAGGACGACUGCAGGCCAAGGUGUCCAACACCCAGAUAUUCCAGAUCCAGUUCCACACAGGCUUCAUUGCUCCAGGGACCACUGUGUUAAAGUUUACAAAGCCGGAGCUGGAUGCGUGUGACUCUCCAGAGAAGUACCCUCAGUUGUUCCAUGUGUUGGUGGACAUCGAGGUGGAGAGUACUGACAAACAGAAGGACCUGACCCCUCCCUGGGAACAGUUCCCUAAUAAAGACCUCAUCCCCAAUGUACUGUUCUCCUGUCACCAGGAACACCAGGACGCACUCGCCAUCGCAGAGCCAAGCCGGUCCCAUGGCGGUCCGGACGGUCGUCCUCACGGGGAGGACAGCGAGCCGUCUGAUGACGAGAUGCUGUCCCUGUCCAGCCAGCAGAGCCACGCUAGAGGAGAGAGACCUGGAGGGGCUCAGGCUGGCACCAGGGACCCCAAGAGACCCGAGCAGCCCCAGGCCCCCCCCUCUGCUCCUCCUCCUCCCCCAGAAGAGGUGGACCUCCUGGGCCUGGAUGGGGUGGCAGUGAACCCCCCCUGCCCCUCGCCCCAGCCCCCCACCACCAACACCACCACGGACCUCCUGGGGGAUCUGUUUGGGGCCUCCCCCCAGCCAAGAAGUGGGCACAACUCGGCCCAGUCCACCCCACAGAAAAUAGCCCCUCACUCCACCUCCCCCUGCCCGUCUCCAGUGUUGGACCCGUUUGGGGCGAGUCCAAUGCCCAAGCCCCAGGAGCUGAUGGGGUCCUUCCUGGGACCAGCAGGUAAUCUUGGUAACCCGGGGCAGCCUGGCCCCCUCCUGCAUGCCGCUCACUCGCCAUCCCCCACCAUGCAGAACACUGGCAUGGGCCGCAGCUCCCCAGUCCCGCCCACCACACCUGUAGUCACCAUUCAGCAGCCUCCCAACGCCGUGGGAGGAUGGGACUGGAACAAACCUGCAGCUCCAGGAGGUGGUUUCAGUAUGGGCAGCAAGUCAGCCAGUACAAGUCCUACUGGGUCGGUCAACAACACUCCCACACACCAGGCCAAACCCAACACUCUGGACCCCUUUGCUGACAUCGGAAACCUGGGGGGAAGUCUGGGAGGAGGCUCUGGGUUCUCCAGUAAGCCCACCACCCCUACAGGCACCACCCCUGCCUUCCCCCCCAUGGGCUCCCCCUCACGGCCUCCUCCCUCGCCCCAGCACGGUGGGGGCUGGCAGGCCAACACAGGCUUCCCCUCCUGGAAGCCCGGUGGUGGUGGUGGUGGUGGAGGUGUAGGGCAGGCUGGGUGGCAGCCCCAACCCCAGAGUCAGGGUGGUCCACCCCCCCAGGCCAAGCCCAGCCCCAGCCACUCCAUGCCCCACACCUCCCCCUCCAACAGACCCAACUACAACAUCAGCUUCUCUGCCAUGGGAGGAGGACCUGCUCCCAAUGCAGCCGGGAAACAACAGCCCAACAUGGGUACCAAGCCCAAAGUUGCAACGGCUAACUUUGAUGACCUGCUGUCUGGCCAAGGCUUUGCUGGAGCCAAGAAAAAGGAAGGUCCCAGGACAAUAGCAGAGAUGAGGAAGGAGGAGAUGGCUAAAGAGAUGGACCCCGAGAAACUCAAGAUUCUGGACUGGAUCGAGGGGAAGGAGCGUAACAUCCGGGCCCUGCUGUCCACCAUGCACACAGUGCUGUGGGAGGGGGAGACCCGCUGGAAGCCUGUAGGCAUGGCUGACCUGGUGACCCCAGAGCAGGUCAAGAAGGUCUACCGUAAAGCUGUGCUGGUGGUCCAUCCAGACAAGGCCACUGGACAGCCCUAUGAACAAUAUGCCAAGAUGAUUUUUAUGGAACUGAAUGACGCCUGGUCAGAAUUUGACAGCCAAGGACAAAAAGCACUCUACUGAGCUGAGAGAGAGACAGAGUUCCUGCUGACCCCCUGUGAUCAAUAAUCAAGCCCCCAUCGGAUCUGUGACACCCCCAUCCUUCUCUUCUUGUCACUGUCCUGUGGACUCUACUCCAUAGAGACUUCAAUAGCCAGACUAACAGAAAGAUACCUGCCUACCCACCUUCCUAUGUAUCUGGUGGCAGCACUGUCCAACUGUCCAUCAAUAAUUGUUCAACCCUGUCCUACAUGUCCUAGUCCUGAACCAAGCAAAGAGUCCUGAACCAAGCAAAGAGUCCUGAACCAAGCAAAGAGUCCUGAACCAA